AUCCACGAUAUCCGCGAUAUCGCACGUUACGCAUCGCUCGUCGAACGGAGGAUGAGACAUUCUCAGAGGUCAACCGGCAUGUAAAUGAAGGAAGGAAGACGAUAUAUAAGAUGAUUUUCGCGGAUUAUUAUGUUUCUUCCUGGCGUAUUCUUCGACGAGAAAUUUAGGAUGAAGGGGUUUCUCUGCUGCGCGAUCUUGCUGCUGGUGUGCGUGUUUGUGCAAGUGCAAGGUAAUUGCGAAUAUACGAACGGCGAAAUUCUACCUGUGGGUACUCAUUAUCGCGAUUGCCAACAGAUCAAAUGUAACGAAGAUGGUUCGAUGUCUAUGCUCGGAUGUCCAUUGUCGCUAUGCACGCCAGGAAACCAAAUCGGUUAUCAUGAAUUGGAUGUCAGCAAGCCUUAUCCGGAAUGCUGCGAAAGACCGAUUUGCAAAACCGACUAGACUUACACGACGAAAUGUUCUCCGAAACUUCACCUUUGACACUUAAUUUCAAAUUGACCUAUCGCGUUUUACGAUUUUUAUUACUUUGUUGUAUUAAGCUUCUCUCUUCUCUAAUUGCAAUAAUGACUAAUGGUGAUUUGUUAUCUCUCGUGCAACAGAACACGUUACUUGUUGCUCGAAUGUUGUUUGUACUCGUCAUUCUUUUCUCAUAAUUUUUUUUGCGGCUGACCGCGAAGAUUUCUAAACUUGCGGACUAUUGUCACGCGAUACAAACAUGACGCUCUCUUCUAGCUAGACCGUUACUUUCGCGUAACUUCUUAAGGUUAAACUAAGGAAUGUGGCGUUUCUGGCACGACUCAGCACGAUAACGCUACUUUUAAAUAAACGCUACUUUCGCUCGACCGA